CAUCAGGGCAUUUCUAGUGUCUGGUUUCCUGUGUUGCCGCCCUUGGGCUGAGACAGUGAAGACGGGUGCGGGAAUUUUUGUUGCUUUGCGACUAGGAAUAGGUCAAUAAGGGGUAAAACGCUUGCAGGAAUUUCACUAAGGCACUUAAUCAAACUGGACUGUGGUUUCUCUCUGACGGACGUUGUGAAUCAUGGCUCUUCCGUUUAAGAAAGAUCUGGAGAAGUAUAAGGAGAUCGAUGAGGAUGAGAUUCUGAACAAGCUGUCAGAAGAGGAGCUCAAGCAACUGGAGAGUGCUCUAGAGGAGAUCGACCCCGAGAAUGCUUUGCUGCCAGCCGGACUCAGGCAGAAGGACCAGACUACAAAAGAAGCCACCGGUCCUUUUAACCGUGAUAAACUGCUGCAGUAUCUGGAGAAGGAGGCUAUGGAUUAUAAAGACAGAGACGAUUUUGUCCCCUUCACUGGAGAGAAGAAAGGAAAGGUAUGGAUUCCCAAAAAGAAACCAAUGGAGAUCCAUCAGGAGGAAGCCACGACCCUUGACCCGGAAUUGGAAGAGGCACUUUCUAGCGCUACUGACACCGAACUGCACGACCUGGCAGCUAUUCUUGGAGUGAACACACUGGUGACGAGCACGCAGACUUACGACGGCACCUGUAAAGACGGUUAUAACAAUGUUAUUAAAGGAGAGAAGGUAAAGCCAGUUUUCGAUGAGCCACCAAACCCUACAAACGUGGAGGAAACUCUGCAGCGGAUAAAGUCCAAUGAUUCCUCACUGACUGAGGUCAAUCUCAACAACAUCAAGAACAUUCCAAUCCCGACUCUAAAGGACUUUGCCAAAGCCAUGGAGAGGAACACUCAUGUGAAGAAGUUCAGUCUGGCUGCCACCAGGAGCAACGACCCUGUCGCAGUGGCCUUCUCAGACAUGCUACGAGAGAAUAAGACGCUAAAAAGUUUGAAUCUGGAGUCUAAUUUUAUCACUGGCACAGGAAUUCAGGCUCUGGUAGAAGCUCUGCGGGACAAUGACACGCUUACAGAGAUCAAGAUUGACAACCAGCGGCAGCAGCUCGGUACGUCGACAGAGAUGGAGAUCGCGAAGAUGCUGGAGCAGAAUACGAGCAUCGUGAAGUUUGGGUACCAUUUCACCCAGCAGGGUCCCAGAUCCCGCGCCGCUGCCGCCAUCACAAAAAACAACGACCUGGUGCGGCGGAGGCGAGUAGAGAGGGAUGCGUAGAGCGUGUUCUCCUCUCUCUCUCUCUCUCUCUCUCUCUCUCUCUCACAAGCUCAUCAGACUCUUGUGCCAAACCCUCUGAGGGAGCCGCUUCACCUGAAGAAGGGACACAACUGGAUACUUUGCCUCCCUAAUGUUAAUACUCAAUGAUCUUUUUAUGUAUUAUUAUUAUUGUUAAUUGUUGUUUGUUUUUAUAGCUGCAGCUCCUUUGCAGCCCUUUUGUUUUGCUUGUGUAAAACCUUCUCUGCUCUUUGAGUUCUUUCAAACGAAACUGAACAGGUUGCAACGGUUCCACACAUGCGCUCGAGCGCUAUAGCGAUCUCUUCGUGGAUGGGCUGGAUCAGAACCUGUCGCCCACAUUCGCUCUGAACAAAUCUAGACUCAACUAGACUGGAUCUGCUGUGUUCCCCGCUUAAUGUGAGCUCAUCUAGAUUUGUCGAGUCUGGGUUUGGAGCGCAGGUUUAAACAGAGCCAGCGAGAGUCGCUUUAAUCGUAUCGGACACUCCUCUGUACUCCGGGUUGUGUGUGGAUGUCUUUGGGCGGCUGGGUCGUCUACAAAACUCUCAGCUUCCGUCACGUUCUCUCGUCGGUUUUGUGGCCGAUUGAGACAAUUCAGAUUGUAAAAAUCUCUUCUAUUCCCCAAACGCACCAGCUCAUACUGUGUGUCUGAGGAAUUACAGGGCUAAAUUAAGCUCGGCGCCCCAUUUUCAUCAAAUGUCAUUGGAAAUGGAAAAACGUGUAAUAGAUCAGCACUAAUGACAACCUUCGGUGUAUAAAUGAAGGUCGAUUUGACUUUUUAGGGGUUUAUUUCCACCAAACAAUGCACUAAGGGAUAUUUUCUUCUUUUUUUCAACACAGGAAGUGAGCGUUUAUGUAAUGUAGUUGUCAAUUAUAGAAUUAGAUGGAAGUAUCUUUCCUGUAGAUAAAUUUGAAAUUUUAAUACCAUGCCAAAGACUAAUACCUACAUACUCUCAUUUUCAGGACUCUAGUUGAGGUCAGACAAGACAUAGGGGUUUAGAUUUUAUUUUUUGAGUUUGUUAAAGGUAUGUUUCUCCCUAAAAGAAAUUGCAGAAUUUAUUGCCCUAAAUUGUUCCAAACCUGCAUGCUGUUAUUUUUUUGUAUAGAACACAAAAGGUGAAUUUUAAAAGGAUUUUCACCGUUUCUGGAACGGCUGUCAAAAAAAAAAAAAUGCUCACUGUAGCUUAAAAUAAAUUUAAUAAAAAAAAAGGUUCGCCAUCAACCGAUCGCCAGAUGGCUUAGAAUAAAACGCACAAGAGAGAUUUUGUAUUUAAAAAAUAACCAGAUAUGGGUUUGGAGCAAUGUGAGGAUGAGUAAAUGGCAAAACGUUCAAGUUGUGGUGGAUUAUUUCUUUAGUUUAUGUAGGAUCUCUGCAUCUACAGGAAAUGAGGGAACUAGUUGAACGAGAGCGAGAGGGAUGAGAAUAGUUUAAUCUUAAAUAGCAACCAAUUCUGGAAGCGUUCAGCGGUCCUGAGCCCAGAACACACAUGCACGCUUGUGCUUGUGAUCGCAUGCAUGAUUGCAAUGUAAAGCAAAGCUUUAUCUUUUCACUAAAGCGAUCUAACAUGCUUUCGUAACACCAGUGUAAAAUACUGAAUUAACCUUUAUACCGCUUGCCAUUUUCUGUGAGCUUGUACGUCCUACGGUUCAUUGAUUGUGGUUUAUAAUGUAGAGCACAGAUGCCUUGGCACGUUUUCGAGGAAGGUGGUGAAGCCACCAAAUGGACUUUCAAAAGUAUGGCAUCUCGGACCGAGCGGUCUGAGAUUAUAUAGCUGGAUUACACAGGGGAACAUGUUGUACACCUGCUUUAAAAGCAAAAGCUAGGACCAAGUUUGAAUUUUUCCUUUUCUCACCUUGACGUUGCGUUUCGUUGUUUUGUACUGUUCUGUUUUGUAAGAGCCUUGUGUAUCAAUUGACUUUCUUUUCUUUGUGAACAAAUGCUGAAUUGCGUGUAUGAAAUCAUGUUUUUUUUUCAGGUUAUGGUUCGUGUUUCAUUCCAUCUUUGUUUGAUUAUGGGUUAAAGGUUCUUGCUUUGCUGAAAGCUUGUGCUUGUAAGAAAGAGCUGUGCAGUUCAUUGGAAAUAUCCAUCUCAAAUCCUCUUCAGAAGAUUCCACACAUAUAUAGAUAUGCAUAUAAAUAUCAUGUAUCGUGAAUGCCUCUUAUAUUGCCGCAAUUUUGUAUGUUGAUACUACAUGUCUGGAUUCCAGAAGAGGAAAUCUUGUUAUGUACUGUUAAUAACACACAACUCUGUAAAGUAUCAGACGUCCUCAAUAAAAUGUAUGUUUUUACA